CGAUCCCGGUCCCGGGUCCUGCCAGACCCGGCUGCUUCUCCCAUGCGGGGACAGCGGCAACCCCUCCUGAAUUCCUUUCGGCCUCUGGGGCCAUUUGGCAGCAGAGUUGCCUUCCCGGGUGCUCCUGGCGCUCCCAGGGCUUGACCCUCCGGCUCAGACAGAGCUGGGAGCGGCAGGGGCGGGGAGGGCAGUGUGGGGAGCCAAAUCCGCAGCCCCCACCCAGAUCCCCCAGCCGAGCCCCGGGGCACUGGGAGGGGAGGGGCUGUGGCCGGGAUGGGAAGGGGCGGGGAGGCCACUGGCCGCGAGGGGCGAGGGACAGGGAGGCCGGCUGGGCGGGUUCGGUGGCCCCCGAGUUGCAGCCGCUCUGGACUCCGGGGCCAGGUUGCGGUUCUCCCUGGGUAGCGGCUGCUCCCGGGGGGCUCGCUACCGGCUGGGGUGGGGGGUUCUUGGAAACGCGCGCCACCCAGCCCCUCCCCACCUGGCUCAGGAAUGGUGCGCCUGGAAACUCCGCUGGACUUGCCUGGGCCUCGGGGCGGGGUGCUGGGUCCCCGGGUCCCCGGGUUCCCUGAGCUUAGAAGGGCCUGUCUGGAGGAAGGGAUUCCAGCUUUAGGGACUGGGUGGGGCGUCCUCAGCCCCUCCUUCGGCAGCUGUCCCGUGUUAGGCUGGGUGGGGCCGCCUCGGACCCAGCUCUGGGCUGGUUUUCCCACGUCUUUGCUCCUGCUGGAGGGAGGGGGUGGUGUGGGGCCUGGGCCCGAAGAUGGCACCCAGGACACUGAGGGAGGGCACCGUCUGGUCCUGUGACUGGCACCCCUGCAAGGAGCUGCUCUGUCGGGGCACCCGGGCUUUGCCUUUCCGAGGAAGCGCCCUUCAACCCGGCCGACUUUGAGCCCUGAGUUCCUGAGGGUGGGCGCAGGAGGAGCCCGGCGCAGAGGCGGGCAGGACUCGCUGGUGGCUGGGAGCUGAGUCCUGGCUCCACUCACAGAGUGAACAGGCCCUGAACCCAGGGCCACAGGCAAGGCUGCUCUGGUUCCAGUUGUGCUGGGUGACAGCAGAGCCAGGACAAAGGAGGCCUGUUGAGGUCCUGGCCACCCCUCCCCAGUCGGCCGCUCUGGGAUGAUGGAAUGCAGGGCAGUGGGUCUUCUGAGAACAUGAAGACCUCGGCGCCCUGACGGGGGUGGCAUGGAGUGACCUCUGUGUGUGGGGGAGGAGCCUCCUGUGCUGCUUCCGCCUGGGGCUGGUGGGGGGUGAGGGCUCCAGCAGCUCAUUUCCUGCUAGAGGAAGUGCUUUGGGGUCACAGGGCAGACGCAGAGAAGGCCUCCAGCCUGCUCUACCUUUCUCUCCAAAAAGGAGAUGUCUCUGUGCCAGAACCCUGGGCAUGGAGGUCCUGAAAGGGGCUGUGUCUACAGGCACCCUACCUCUUCCCCAUUUCCCAGGGACUGGCGACAUUGAGGAAACACAUGGGGAACUACAGACCCCACACCCUUCCUUCCUCUCUCCCCUCCCCAGACACUGGAGGGGGCCCCCCAUUCCAUUCUGGCAUGAGGCUUAUUCAGUGCCUGACCAUGUGUUUACCUGGGGUGAUAGGGGGGCGGGCAAGACUGCCUGGGCUGUGAGUGGCACCUCCCGUGGUCUCCCCGGGAAUGGGUGGUGUGGACGCCUGCCAGGCAUUGAAGGCCACCCCUGGCUCAGUGCCCCUCUCAUCAGAUGGGCAGCAGGAGGCUCCGGAGGUGGCGCCCAGGUUCUGAACUGCCCUAGGUCUGCAGACUAGCGGACAUUGGCCAGAGACAUGGCCCAGCCCCUGGCCUUCAUCCUCGAUGUCCCUGAGACCCCAGGGGACCAGGGCCAGGACCCCAGCCCGUAUGAUGAAAGCGAAGUGCAUGACUCCUUCCAGCAGCUCAUCCAGGAGCAGAGCCAGUGCGAGGCCCAGGAGGGGCUGGAGCUGCAGCAGAGAGAGCGGGAGGCCACAGGAAGUGGCCAGCAGACACUCUGGCGGCCCGAGGGCACCCAGAGCGCGGCCACACUCCGCAUCCUGGCCAGCAUGCCCAGCCGCACCAUUGGCCGCAGCCGAGGUGCCAUCAUCUCCCAGUACUACAACCGCACGGUGCAGCUUCGGCGCAGGAGCAGCCGGCCCCUGCUUGGGAACUUUGUCCGCUCCGCCCGGCCCAGCCUCCGCCUGUACGACCUGGAGCUGGACCCCAUGGCCCCAGAGGAGGAGGAGAAGCAGAGCCUGCUGGUGAAGGAGCUCCAGAGCCUGGCGGUGGCACAGCGGGACCACAUGCUUCGAGGGAUGCCCUUAAGCCUGGCUGAGAAACGCAGCCUGCGAGAGAAGAGCAGGACCCUGAGGGGGAAGUGGAGGGGCCAGCCGGGCAGCGGCGGGGUCUGCUCCUGCUGUGGUCGGCUCAGAUAUGCCUGCGUCCUGGCCUUGCACAGCCUGGGGCUGGCGCUGCUCUCCGCCCUGCAGGCCCUGACGCCGUGGCGCUACGCCCUGAAGCGCAUCGGGGGCCAGUUCGGCUCCAGCGUGCUCUCCUACUUCCUCUUUCUCAAGACCCUGCUGGCUUUCAACGCCCUCCUGCUGCUGCUGCUGGUGGCCUUCAUCAUGGGCCCGCAGGUCGCCUUCCCACCCACCCUGCCGGGCCCUGCCCCCGUCUGCACAGGCCUGGAGCUCCUCACAGGCGCGGGUUGCUUCACCCACACCGUCAUGUACUACGGCCACUACAGUAAUGCCACACUGAACCAGCCGUGUGGCAGCCCCCUGGAUGGCAGCCAGUGCACACCCAGGGCGGGCGGCCUGCCCUACAACAUGCCCCUGGCCUACCUCUCCACUGUGGGCGUGAGCUUCUUUAUCACCUGCAUCACCCUGGUGUACAGCAUGGCUCACUCUUUCGGGGAGAGCUACCGGGUGGGCAGCACCUCUGGCAUCCACGCCAUCACCGUCUUCUGCUCCUGGGACUAUAAGGUGACGCAGAAGCGGGCCUCCCGCCUCCAGCAGGACAAUAUUCGCACCCGGCUGAAGGAGCUGCUGGCCGAGUGGCAGCUGCGGCAGAGCCCCAGGAGCAUGUGCGGGAGGCUGCGGCAGGCGGCUGUGCUGGGGCUUGUGUGGCUGCUGUGUCUGGGGACCGCGCUGGGCUGCGCUGUGGCCAUCCACGUCUUCUCGGAGUUCAUGAUCCAGAGUCCAGAGGCUGCUGGCCAGGAGGCUGCGCUGCUGGUCCUGCCCCUGGUGGUUGGCCUCCUCAACCUGGGGGCCCCCUACCUGUGCCGUGUCCUGGCCGCCCUGGAGCCGCAUGACUCCCCGGUACUGGAGGUGUACGUGGCCAUCUGCAGGAACCUCAUCCUCAAGCUGGCCAUCCUGGGGACACUGUGCUACCACUGGCUGGGCCGCAGGGUGGGCGUCCUGCAGGGCCAGUGCUGGGAGGACUUCGUGGGCCAGGAGCUGUACCGGUUCCUGGUGAUGGACUUCAUCCUCAUGUUGCUGGACACGCUUUUUGGGGAACUGGUGUGGAGGCUGGGGGUGCUCUUCUCGCCCCUCCUCCCUGCCGUGCAGAUCAUCAAGCUGCUGCUCGUCUUCUAUAUCAAGAAGACCAGCCUUCUGGCCAACUGCCAGGCGCCGCGCCGGCCCUGGCUGGCCUCACACAUGAGCACCGUCUUCCUCACGCUGCUCUGCUUCCCCGCCUUCCUGGGUGCCGCUGUCUUCCUCUGCUACGCCGUCUGGCAGGUGAAGCCCUCAAGCACCUGCGGCCCCUUCCGGACCCUGGACACCAUGUACGAGGCCGGCAGGGUGUGGGUGCGCCACCUGGAGGCGGCAGGCCCCAGGGUCUCCUGGCUGCCCUGGGUGCACCGGUACCUUGUGGAAAACACCUUCUUUGUCUUCCUGGUGUCAGCCCUGUUGCUGGCCGUGAUCUACCUCAACAUCCAGGUGGUGCGGGGCCAGCGGAAGGUCAUCUGCCUGCUCAAGGAGCAGAUCAGCAAUGAGGGGGAGGACAAAAUCUUCUUAAUCAACAAGCUUCACUCCAUCUACGAGAGGAAGGAGAGGGAGGAAAGGAGCAGGCCCCAACUGGACCCUAGGCAAGAGUGAGUGGCACUCCUCUGCCAGGACUCCAGGUGAGCCCCGGCCUCUUCUUGCUGCCGUCCCAGACAACAGAAGUUACCAGAUGAACAGACUUGGAUGGGCCACGGGGGUGGAGAGCUAGAAAGCUUGGUUGUGCCUCUCGAUGAUUAUUAAGAUUUCAAUAUUUACAGCAAAACCACAAAGCAGAUGAUAGAAUAAAGCAAAACAAUGGAAAGUCUGAGUUCACUCAUGAGAGGUACGUAUGUGAGCUCUGAGGAAAUUAUAGAGGGAACGCAUGCAGCAGGACAGCUCUCCCAAUCGCAGCAUGCGAAGUAGACAUCCAUAGUAUCUUUUGAAAAAUGAAAAACACAUUACUUUGAACAGCCAAGAAAAAAAAUUGCAAUUUAUUAAGAUUCAAUAAAGCGUUGUACUUUCGAAAGCAA